UUGACAGUUCCGACGCCGCCACCGCAGCCGCCGCGUCUAUUAUUUUUUCUCCCGUCGCCGCCGCCGCAACAGCGUUCGAUUAUAUUUUACUCGUCCGUCUUCUCGACGAUACUUAAACGCUCGUCGUCGUCAUAAUCAUUUGGUCGGGUCUAUCUCCGUCGUCGUUCGCGAUUUUUCUAUUUUUUUCAUUUCAUUUAAUCCUCUCCCCGACCGACCGUCUUCAUCGCCGUUUUUCUAAAAAUCAUAUUAAUAAUAUCGAACGGACCGCCGCGCCGUAUGUUAUUUCCGCGCGUCAUGCAGCCAGUAAUUGUAUCGCCUUGUUCGCUACAGCUGUCUUCGUCUACAAACAGCCGCGUUAGUGACUAAUUAUUUACUGGGACAACGCAUUGUUUUCAAAGUUUACGUCAAAGUUGAUUCUGUAUUGUUAUUGUUUCGAGAACGUCACACCGCGCACCAGCCACCACUCGCUGUCAUGCGGUACGCUACGAGCGCGAUGAAUCGCGUUAUUUUGGCAUCGUUCCUCUUAGCCGGUGUAGCGAGGUGUUACGAUUACGAUGAGGUAUUGCGGUUGUCACUCAUGUUCUACGAAGCCCAGAGGUCGGGUCAUCUGCCUGCCAACAACCGCAUCCCGUGGCGGGGCGACUCUGCGACCACAGACAAAGGGCAAAACGGUGAAGACCUGUCCGGAGGAUAUUAUGACGCUGGCGAUUUUGUGAAAUUUGGCUUCACAAUGGCAAGCACUACAACUAUUUUGGCAUGGGGAUACUUGAGUUAUAAAGACGCAUACGAGGAAGUUAACGAAUGGGAAAACGCAUUAGGCUCGAUACGCUGGGCCGCAGAGUACUUUAUUAAGUGUCACGUUAGCGACUACGAGUUCUACGGACAGGUGGGUGACUUCAGCCUGGACCAAGGUUUCUGGGGUCGACCAGAAGACAUGAACAUGUCUAGGCCGUCGUACAAAAUCGACAAAAAUCGACCAGGUUCCGAUUUGGCCGGUGAGACGUCCGCCGCUCUCUCCGCCGUAUCGAUAGUGUUCACCAAAAUCGAUUCCAAUUUUUCGGCCAGUUGCCUGAGUCACGCUAAGCAACUGUACUUAUUCGCCACUCAGUACAGAGGGCUGUACCACGACGCCAUCAAAGGGGCUGCCCAAUACUACGAAUCGACAGAUUAUGGUGAUGAACUGACGUGGGCCGCAGCUUGGCUAUACAAAGCCACAAAGGAAUCACAGUAUUUGGACGACGCAGAAUACAUGUACAUGAAGUACAGACUCAAAGAACGGCCUAACGAAUUUUACUACAACAAAAAAGUCGCUGGCGUACAGGCACUUCUAGCCGAGUUAACUAAUCAAUCUGAGUACACUGAAGCAAUUCAAAAUUUCUGUAACUACAAUUUAUACGUACAGAAGAAAACACCAAAAGGACUGUUGUACAUUGAAAAAUCCGGCACACUGUGUCACGCAGCGAACAUCGUUUUCUUGUGCUUGCAGGCUGCUGAUAUUGGUAUAAUGUCAACGCAAUACCGAGAAUUUGCCAAAGAACAGAUAAACUACAUACUGGGAGACGGAGGACAGAGCUAUGUAGUAGGAUUCGGUAAAAACUACCCACUACAACCACAUCACGCAGCGAGCUCCUGCCUGGACCGACCGGCUCCUUGCGACUGGGAAGCGUACCGGAGCACCAAGCCCAAUCCACAGGUGCUGUACGGCGCGCUGGUCAGCGGACCCGACGAGAACGACAACUACAAGGACCUGCGGGAGGAGUACAUCUACAACGAGGUGACGUUGGACUACAACGCGGGCUUCCAGUCGGCCGUCGCAGGACUCAAGCACCUGGAGCUGCGGGCCAACCGGCGCAAGGCCAUGCUGAGCGCCAACGGUCUGCUGUCCAACUCGACGGGCGCGUAAUCGUCCCCGGGCCGCCGCCGACCGAGCUCGAUCACAACCGCCGCAUUUCACUUCUGUUUCAUAAAAUUACAAUUUAAAAAAAAUAUAUAUAUAUAUGUGUUUUCUUUGAGCCGGAGACGACAGCGACCGAAAGACAUCACCGCCGCGCAGUUGGCACACACUUGUUGCUGCAGUCAUCGCUAUAAUAUGGUGUCCGAAACACUGCAGAUAGCUCCCAUUACUUACCCAACUAUAACUAAUAUUAUUGUUCGGGCCGAGUCGCAUGAUAUGAGGGGGAGGGAGAGCGAAAACGGAUUUUGAUUGUGAGCGCGACAGCUCUCUAUUUUCCGCGGUCUAUAACGGGUUGUGCUUGGGGGAGGGGAGGGGGGGUUGUCGGCUAUCGAUCUUCGCCGGGCCGCGCAGUUCCGACUGGAAUAAUAUGAUUACCAUAACACUUCGUAAAAUUAGGGAUGAGUCAAAUUUAAUGUUCCACGAACUCGCAUUCGAACUUUGAUUUUUUGUCACGAACUGUUCGGAAUCAAACACAAACUUUUUGAACAUUUUUAACUUUCAAUCUUUAACCUGAUAACAACACAAUUAUAAAAUCGCGUAAACUAACAAGUACUAUGAAUAAAAAUACAGUAUUCUACGGCAAUGAUAUUUAUAACAAUAGUAUCGUUAGAGCACUUGAUUUUCCUCGAAAAUCCUUCCUCUGAUAUUUCCGAGUUUGAAGUAAAUAUUGAAUUCUGAGCAUUAAUAAUUUCCAACGAAAUACUAACUGUUCGAGGAACUAUUGACCAAUCCCUCAUCAUAAUAUUAUUAAUAUUGUUUUCGCAGACGACGACAGUAUCGGUGGUGUAUGGCCAACGAAUCGAUUUCAUCAGAGGUCUAAUGGUUUGUGGGCUUAUAGGUCUAUGGUCGUGUAUCGAAAAAAUAAGUACUAUAUAACAAUAUUAAAACCUCAGUCCAUAACAUGGAAAGCAUCGCCAGUGCCGAAGUUUCUGGAAUUCGGUGUUUUUGAGAGAUAGGUAUCGAUGACUCGGGGAUUUGGCGUGAGCCGAGGGGGUAGGGGGUGAUGUAUAUAAUAUUGUGGCUGAUAGACUGGCUAGACUGGCGCUCUAGUGGAUGAUAUUACGUUUCGCAUUAACGAUUUCGGGGAAACAUGCCACCCGGACACGUUGUUUCGAUACACAAAUAUAAGCUGUGGGUUCGACACGAUGUGCAGAAGGCGAGUGAGUGUAUUAUUUUGUUCGUCCCGACUUAAUAAUAUUAUAUUACUAUUAUUAUGUUCAAGUCUUCGGUGAUUUCAAAACAUGUCAGAUAAUUUUUAUUUUGUGUUAUUUAUUUAUGUGUUGUAGUAAAACUUUAGACUAUUACGAAAUAUAUUAAAUUACAUAUUGUAUUUGAUUUAAA